AUGAAUGAACCCAGCCUGUCGCUGAGUGAACCUUUCAUUGCGUUAACCGAUGCGGAAAUUCUGUCAGCCGAAGAGCUUCCAGCGGCGAGCGCCGCGCACUCUGCGCCGCGCGUCGGCCUCCUUCACUUGCACCCCGCGAGGCUUCUUCUUGCAGUGUUGCUUGCCACACAAGUGAGUUGGGGUUCGGCGGGCAAUGCGAACAGCAGUAUUGUCGGGGAGCUUAUCGCGAUGAACCGCGGUGACGUCGGAGGCCGCCUGACGCCUCCGCACACUCUUGAUGCUCUCGUGUCACUGGGAGCCGCCGCAUUUGGUAAGCACGAGGCCAGCCCCAAAUCAGGCGAGGGCAUCUUGCUGCUGCCAGAGCACAGGCUGGCCAUGUGCAUCAUCCCAAAGAACGGCUGCACUACGCUCAAGUGGGUGGCAAUGGUGCUACUGGGGCACUCGCCAUCGAGCGUCUGCGGUUGCAAAAGCAGCAAAUGGGGCUGUCUUGGGAACAGCAUCAACAUGCACAGUGGCAAUCAAUCAAUCAGUGGCAGAUACUGGAAUGGAUCCCUACAGGUUCACUCAGAGGGGACGCUGCGCUCUCACAUGGAUGCCGUGCGUGCCGCCUUCACGUCGCCCAGCUGGACGGUGGUGGGGCUGUCUUGGCAAGAAGGACUGCGCACGCAACGCACCAAAGCGACUACUGCGGCUUGGGGCACGGGCUAAAGUAUGACCACUAGACGACGGGGGCCUCGAGCACUUCAACCGUAUCCUUGCCACGACCCAUCCGCCAUGUGCAUCUACACUACUGACUACAGGGUGGGAGACCUGCACCGCGGGCAGGCGGGCUUCCCUGGUGGACGCGCCCGCGUUAUCCACCUCGCAUGGCAACCGUGUCAGCAAUGCCUCCUCCGCCGCUGCAAAGAAUGCGUUUUUGGGAAGCGAAGCUAAUCAACCUUACUACCCUGAAGAGCAUGUUUGCCGAGUUCAAAGAUGACUACCGCGUCUUACCCCAGGCGUACCUCAAAGCCAUGCACCACCGCCUCUCGGCUGCCAAGGCGGCGCGUCGCCUGUAGUGUUAGGGAAGUGUCUCGAGUUUCUAGUAUGGUCGUGGUAUGGUCGCCAAAAGUCAUUUUGUGAGCGGCAAAAAUAAAAA